AUGCUGAGGGCCGUGCCGUUGACUUUGAGGGCGCUGGAGGGGCUGGAGGGGGCGGUGGAGGUGGUGGUGGAGGCAGUGGAGGGAGUGGGGGUGGUGGUGGGAGUGGUGUCGAGGGUGGCGGCGGCGGCGGCAGCACUGGAGGCGGCGGAGGCGGUGGAGGUGGCGGAGGGAGCGGAGGCGGCGGAGGCAGUGGAGGAGGCGGAGGUAGAGGAGGCGGCGGAGGCAGUGGCCGCGGCGGUGGCGGAGGCGGCGGUGGCGGAGGCGGCGGUGGUGGAGCGGGUCGCUACUGUGCGCAGAGGAGUGGCGCCGGUGGUGGUUAGCGCCAGCAGGAGCGGAGUGGUGUGA